AUGUUCUCUAGUCCAGUAUCAAAACAUACAAGUCGCAAGUCCAGCAGUACCUAUGCAACUCCACCACCCUCAUCCCCUGCCUCUCCGCUACCGCAGCCAUCUUCAUUAACAGUUGAAUAUCCUGUUUCUGCCAGACGAGCCAACUCGGGCGGAUAUAGUCACAAUAGCACUGGUGGUUAUCAUCGCACUCAACCACAACAUAAUAGCAACUAUAACCAACAACGUAAUCAGCAGGUUCCUUCAGCUGCUGUUCCAUCUCAUCAGAACUCCAGCAGCAGUCGGUCUGCGAAUCCAAAAAAACCCCAUUCUAGUGCUUUUGGUCCAUACACGCUUGGAAAGACUCUUGGAGAAGGCGAGUUUGGCAAAGUUAAACUAGGACAGCAUAUGGAUACUCGCAAAGAGGUUGCAGUGAAACUGAUUAAAAAAGCAUCAAUCGACAGUCCUGCCAGACGAGAAAAACUCAUUCGGGAAAUCAGUCUGCUCAAGUCCGUCAGUCAUCCGCAUAUUGUUCGAUUGCAUGAAGUGAUUGAAACCGAACAUUAUAUUGGCAUGAUCAUGGACUAUGCUUCGGGCGGUGAGCUGUUUGGAUAUAUUUUAAAGCGACGAUAUUUGAAGGAAAAAGAAGCUAGUGCAUUUUUUGCUCAAUUGAUUUCAGGUGUGAGCUAUCUGCACAAGAAUCUCAUUGUACAUCGAGAUCUGAAACUGGAAAAUUUACUGAUUGACAGUCACAGAAACAUUGUGAUUACAGACUUUGGAUUUGCAAACACUUUCAACUCUGACUCGAGCAAAUUGCUGCAGACAUCGUGUGGAAGUCCUUGCUAUGCGGCUCCAGAACUUGUCAUCAGUGAUGGCUAUGUUGGCGAGGCAGCUGAUAUUUGGAGUUGUGGUGUUAUUCUAUACGCCAUGGUAUGCGGAUACUUACCCUAUGAUGACGAUCCAGCCAAUCCCGAAGGUGACAACAUCAAUCUGCUGUACAAAUACAUUCUUGAAACCAAACCGGAUUAUCCGGAAUAUGUGUCAGAAACUGCUAGAGACCUCAUCAGCAUGAUUCUCGUUCCAGAUCCUCGUUACCGUGCAAACAUGUCGCAAAUCAUUAAUCACAAAUGGCUGCGUUCAUAC